AUGGCGAGUUCUACGGUGUCCCCCAUUACUGCCCUUCGUUUGCAGAACGCCAGUUAUGCUGACGCUGGAACUAAAAUUCGGCUUUCUAUCCUCGCUACGGCUCUCGUUGAUGCGUUAGGGGGUCCUCCUGAGUUCCAUACGCGCUUUACCUUCCCACUUGUCACAAAAAUGACGCCAAACCGGAAUUUUGGUCUCCCUCCUGGCGUGUGGACCGAUGAUACAUCGAUGACUCUAUGUCUCGGCCGAUCCAUUGCGACAUGCACUCCCAAAGGUCAGGGGGAUGUCGCACGUGGCCAAGGCGGCUUUGAUGAAGCCGACCAGCUGGAGGCUUAUAUGAAAUGGCGCGGGGAAGGUGUGUUAUCCGCGACCGGGCAUUGCUUCGACGUAGGCAACACAAUUGCGCAGGCGUUAUCCAUAUACGCAGAGUACCCCGCUGAGCCAGAGAAAGCGUUGGCACAGAUCCGCCUUAAACUUUCUGGUGAAUAUAAUGCAGGGAAUGGGAGCUUGAUGCGCAUCCUCCCCGUGGGACUUGCGUAUUAUCGCGAUGAGCAGGCAGCGCGCACAUACGCGCGCCGAAGCAGCGAGACCACGCAUCCAACUUCGGUAUGCCUGGAGGCGUGCGAGAUGUGGACGGGCGCAAUCGCAAAGAUAAUGCGAGCCACGACUGAAGCAGUCGAGUACACGAAAUUAGACCUGAUUGAGUAUAUCUCAUCAUUUCCAUAUGAAAGCGACAAAUUCCGUUCCGCCCUCACUUUCCCCGAGAACGCUCCUCCGAAGCCAGAUAACAAAGAAGACCUCGAAGCGUAUUACCAAGAACACCACCCGCUUCUUCGACUCAUCAAGAGCACGCAGGAAGGUGUUAAGAUCAAGCCAGAGCAUAUCGCGGAAGGCUUUUCGUAUGCCCUGCCCACGGUUCAAAAACUUCCAUCGACCGGAUACGUAGUGCACACACUGAUUGCUGCGCUUUAUUGCUUUUUCGCGACAAAGACAUUCGAAGAAGGCGCCAUCAUGGCGGUGAACCUGGGAAGCGACGCCGACACUGUCGGAGCCGUGUACGCCGGUUUGGCCGGCUGCUGGUAUGCUGCGGGCGAAGAUUCGGAGGUGGGACAGGCGGUCUUCUGGUCUGAAAGGGUUAAAGAUUGGCGGGGAGGGCUGGUAAAGAGGGAUCUAGUUGAGCAGGUUGCGGAUGAGCUCGUCACGUUUCAGCGGACCGCUCAAGAGGUUUAA